AUGGGACCUGGAACACUCAAUGAGAAGCGUCGUCGCGCCCAGCACGCGACCUCGGCGCUAUCCAAGCCAUUCAAGUCUCCUCUGCGUCGGCCUCUGCAGACAUCAGAGAUCAAAGAAGAAACAUCGCCCACAAUCAAGGAACGCAUUUCCUCGCCUGAUCCUACCCAUCAAGCAAGCGCAGCUCAUCCAGCCGGAGAAGCAAAAACAGAACCAGAACCCACAACCUCGACCACGCUUUCUUCAUCCGCACCAUCCAUCAACUCGCCUUCAUCCAGCGCCUCGUCACCUUUAAGCUCGCGCAACCGCAAGCGCAAAAACCCCACCAGUCGCUUAACGCCGUCCAAGAAGCCAGUUCUCUUAGACCCAGAGACCACAGCGCUCCAGAAACAGCAAAGAGCGCUUCAGUCCCGGCUUUCGGCCCUGCGGUCGGAGCUGGAUACAGCGCGACAAGCUCUCCGAGUUGAGUCUUCGGGUAAGGAUACGGAGCUUGAGAAGCUGAUCGGGAAAUGGAAAGGCGUGAGUCGGAAUGCAGCGGAGGAGGUUUUCGCGGGCGCGCAGGAACGAGUCACGCGGCUUGGGGGGAUGAAGGCGUGGAGGGAGCAGAUGAGGAAUAACAAUUCGAGAUGGGAGCAGGAGGAGAUGGAUUCAUGGUAUGGCGGUGCUGAAGGCGACGGGGUCGAUGUUGAUGAGGAGGAGUUGGAGGCUCGCAAAGCGGAGAUGUUGGAGCAAUGGGAUGUUCCUGGGAAAGAAGCUGAGGAUAAGAAACGGGAGGAGGCUACGGAGGAAGAGGAAUUUACUAUGGACUUCAUGCUGAAGACCUUGAAUGUUGAUUUGAAGCUGAUCGGGUAUGAUAAAGAGGGUCAGAGGUGGGUUAGAGACUGA